AGCAGGAAGGAAAAGUAGAGCACGCGGGAAGGGAGUCGCUUCUUCUUUAACCCGCCUGCGCCAGAUGGGAUGACCUGAACCAACGGAUCCAAAAGACAAGAAAGGAGAUUCCGACUGAGCAUUUUAGGAAGAUCUUUCCGCAAGUGUUCGACAGUGGAGAAGAUCCCCUUGGGAGACCUCUACCUUCUUGAGGAUGCAGUUUUAGUCGCAGUUGCUAUGGAGAAGAUCAAGGAGCAGUUUUCCAGUCUCCAAAUAGCAAAACGGUGUGCACUGGCAAAAGACCCCACUUAUCUGUUGGACUUGGAUAUUUCAAGAGGCGGAGGGAGGCAGCUGGUGGCCGUUUUGUGUUCCGAUAAAUCAAUCAGGGUUUACGACAGAGAGGCGCUCACUUUGCUGCGGGAAUAUAGCAGCCGUCCCGGGCUGCUCAGCGGCGUCCGAUUCGCACACACGUGUGAAAGUGUGUUGUUCUCCGCUUGCAGCGACGGAACAGUGAAAUGCUGGGAUACGCGCCUGGCGACUGCAGGGCCAGCGCAGUUGUUCUGUGGCUCCCUUUCAAAUGUCUUCGUUAGCUUUGACAUAAGCUGCAACGACCUCAUAGUCUGCGCUGGAACAGAAAAAGUGGGGGACGAUGUUUUCAUGGCCUUCUGGGAUGCCCGGAGCUGCACGGGGAGUGUAGCUUCCAGCAAAGAGCCUCUGGGCUUCUACUCGGAGACCCACAACGAUGACAUCACCAGAAUUCGUUUCCACCCCAUCAAGCAGAACCUGCUAGUUUCCGGGUCGACCGACGGGCUGGUGAACGUUUUCGACAUCAACAAGGACAGCGAAGAAGAUGCGCUGGUUGCUACCUGCAACUCCGACUCGUCGGUCAGUUCCGUCGGGUGGUCCGGGAAAGAUUACCGGCAGGUCUACUGCACGACGCACGAUGAAGGGUUUUGUCAGUGGGAUCUCGCCCAGCUGGAGACCGAGGAGCCAGUCACAUUGCUGCAUGUUCCAGACGCCCGAGAAGCAGGACGUGGAGAAAGCACCAAGCUGGACUACUUAAUCGGUGGCUUGUACCAUGAAACGAUGGACACGUUGCUUGUUGUCGGGGGAACGUCAACAGGAAGCAUCUGCCUCCUGGACUGUGGGGUUGGUGGCCUGAGUUCUGUAGGGGUCCUUCAGGAUGGGCACUCUGCUCCUGUCCGCUCAUUCUGCUGGAACGUGGCAGAUGACUCUUUGCUGACCGGUGGAGAGGAUGCGCAGCUGUUGCUAUGGAAACCUGGAGCCGUGGGGAAAGCCUUUGGAAAGAAGACUUCUAUGAAGACUGCUUCCUCUGUUCACCAGCGGCUGAGAGUUCACCAGCACGCUUUCAAGAGCAAGAAAAAACAGGCGUCUUUGUAAAGAGGUGGCGGCGAUGGGGAGUGAGGAGGCCUCUACCUGAAAGUGAUUCCAGAAGGGUACCUGCCUUAGCCCGUUUCAGGGGGAUUAACAAGUCUUGCAGCACCUUGAAGACUUAAUUUAUUAUGGCAUAAUGUUUCGUGGACUAAGAUCUGCUUCAUCACACACGGAAGCUUAUGCCAUAAUUAAUUAGUUGGUCUUUAGGGUGCUGCAGUUUCCACUCGUAGAGAGUUGACCUUUCGAAAAGUUGCAACACUUUGGGAGUGUGUGUGCAUGCAUGUGCGAGUUCCUUGCAGGUAUUUGACGUGUACGGCUCCACAGCCGUGGCCUUGUUUACUCGGAAAAUAUCCUCUCCGUGUCAGUGGGGACCCCAACUUCUAGCAAAGUUGGCACGGGACCGGUGCCUCGAUACGAGAAGCCUGCCAAGCAAAAUCAAAAGGUAUCGUUCUU